AUGAACCUCGAGGCUAUUCUUAGCCUUUUUGAUUCAUACUGGUUUGAUGUUGAAAUCCUCAAGAAACAUUCAAAUCCAACCCCUCCAUUAAAUUCACAAAAACACCCAGAUCACAAAAUUCAAGAAAAUUCACCAGAAACUUUAAAUGAGUACUCAUCUUUGUUAGAAAUUCAACUUGGUUCACAAAGUGAUGAUUUGAGCUAUAAUUCAGAUUCUUUCUCUCCUGAUUCAGUUCUUCCAACAACCCAUUUCACACCUUUUUGUAAUAAGGCAGAAUUAAAGAAAGUAAAAGGUAGAAGAAGGGAAAGGAGAAGAAGAACAAGAAGAACCAAAAAGGGUCUCAGCAAAAGUUUAUCGGAGCUAGAAUAUGAAGAGCUAAAGGGGUUUAUGGAUCUUGGAUUUGAAUUCUCAGAAGAAGAUGUAAAUUCCAGUUUGGUUGAGGUUAUACCAGGUUUACAAAAACUGGGCAAAAACAGGGAUAGUGGUGAUCAAGUAAAAGUGAAUUGUUUUGAGAAAUCUGAGUCAAGAGCCAGGCCUUAUCUUUCUGAGGCAUGGGAAAUUCUUGAAAAGAAGAAUAGAAUGAGCACAUUGAUGAAUUGGAAAAUACCUGCCACCAGCAAUGAAAUUGACGUCAAACGGAGUCUCAAAAGGUGGGCUCAUACUGUUGCUUCCACAGUAAAAGCCUAA